UAGAAAUGUCCUUCUACUAACGGCGAGACAAUUCGGCCAAUUAAAGUGAAGAAGCGUCGAAGAAGAAGCGGCACGUCGUCACGUGAUUUAUAUAAAGGCAUUUUAAUUAAACUCCUUAGUCGUGCGUCGUGCUGUUCGACAGACAGUUCGUAGAACUUAUUCUUAACGUUCUUACAUUUUAUUAAAGUCACAUUUUAUAUCACAUUACAAAGUCACAUUUUUAAUAAGAAAAAAUGGAUUCUGUUUUAACAAAACUUAUUGUGCUGUACAAGAUGAAGUGGAAAUUACGUGGCCUACUAAAGACGUUUAGUCGCCGAAAAGUCGUGGACACCACUCAAGACUCUACAUUGGCGAGGGUUUUGACGACUCUUGAUCUCACAGCCCUAGGAAUCGGCUCUACUCUGGGGGUAGGUGUGUACGUCCUGGCAGGAUCCGUCGCGAAAAACUUAGCCGGUCCUGCCGUGACCAUUUCGUUUGCCAUCGCCGCCGUAGCAUCGAUGUUUGCAGGUCUCUGCUACGCCGAGUUCGGCGCACGAGUACCGCGUGCUGGAUCAGCGUAUGUUUACAGCUACGUGACGAUGGGUGAGUUUGUGGCGUUUCUUAUGGGCUGGACGCUGAUCCUGGAAUAUAUAAUCGGCUCGGCCAGCGUAGUCCGCGCUCUCAGCACAUACGUCGAUGUGCUCUUCAACGACAGCAUGAAAAACUCUUUUGAAUCAGCGAUGCCUAUCAAUGUUAAUAUUCUAUCAUCGUAUCCGGACUUUUUUGCACUCGGCGUCACUCUAAUAUUCUCAGUUGCACUUGCUUUUGGAGCCAAGGAGUCCUCGACGGUGAAUAAUAUAUUCACUCUGGUGAAUCUGUCUGUUGUACUUUUCGUCAUAAUUGCUGGUUCUUUAAAAUCUGACAUUAACAACUGGAAAACGAAACCCGGCUGCACGGCCGACAGCUGCGAAAACGGAGACGGCGGAUUCGUGCCUUACGGUGUUCAGGGCAUCAUAUCAGGCGCGGCGAUGUGUUUCUAUGGGUUCAUCGGUUUCGAUUGCGUGGCCACCACGGGAGAAGAAGCCAAGAAUCCGCAGCGGUCCAUCCCCAUAGCGAUCGUCGCGUCGCUAACGAUCGUCUUCUUGGCGUACUUCGGUGUUUCCGUAGUGCUCACCACCGUACUACCCUAUUACGAACAAAAUCCUAAUUCACCGUUCCCGCAUAUGUUUAAUGUGAUAGGAUGGGAUUGGGCGAAAUAUUUUGUGACGGCCGGAGCAAUUAGCGGACUAUGCGCCAGGGUGCCACUAGUACCAUUUUUGCCAGGAAUCAGUAUUCUCAUUAACAUUUAUCUCAUGAUGACAUUGGAUAAACAAACAUGGAUACAAUUUUCCGUGUGGAUAGUUAUUGGUUUGGGCAUAUAUUUCCUGUAUGGUAUGUGGCACAGUAAUAUUGGAAAAAAGAAAUCACCGGAAUCAAGCGACGAUGAUAAGAAUAGAGUCGAUUUUUCUCAUGUCACAUAAUAAACUAUGAGAUUGUCAUAAAAGUA